CCAGUAGGUCAGAUUUUCACAUUUUUAUUGAAACAAAAUCGCACGUGAAGUGAUCUCACUACUGUGGAUCAAAGGUCACCUUAAAGCAACAGCCGCCCAGGGGAGUCCAGGUGGACUGUGGAGGGUCUCCGAUCCUGGCCGCGAGACCCACUAAAUGGACAAAAGUACUGGGACACCCCGGUUGUUGGGCUGUUUUUUCUUGGUGUGGACUUUGUUCAGGGAAAUGGACAUGAUUUAAAAACACAACGUGUUCAAAGAUUCCUGAAAAUAGCAACAAGAAAUGAAAAUGCUCGUUUGUGCAGUAAGAAAACAUGCGAUACGGCCAGCUCCUCUCGGUUUACAAGAAGACGUGCCAACACCUUUUCCACAGAGCUAUCAGUUCCCCGCGGAUUCAUCGGGUUUCACCGCUGCAUGCUGGGACGCUUCAUUGUUGACCUGAACCCUCCUGAGCAGAGUUCAUUUUGCUGCUGUGGGCUUCCAGCCGGCUGUUCCACCAAUGCCUCGAUGGAAAGCGUUCUUCAGCCAGCGCUUGCGAUGGUCCAGCACCGUCACCCAAGCCCUCGUCCUGUCCGUCAUCACGUUCGGCGUCCUCCUCCCUCUCUGCUGCCAUCGGCUGCUCUACUCGUACUUCUUCAUCAGGUCCAUGUACCUGGACUCCAUGAGUGAGGGGGUCCUGCGGGAAAGCCUCCACCGAGGCCAGGACGCUCUGCACUUCUUUCAGAGCACCUCCACGGCAGCGGCGGUGUCUGCCAAGUUCAGGGACGUCGCCCAACAUCCUGAGCUGCUGGUCACCGUGGUGACUGCCAGGCGAAACGAGGGGCGGGACUUCCACUACCUGCUCCAGGUGAUGCGGCAGCUGAGCGCCAUUCUGGGAGGCUGUGGGGAGCGGCGGUGUGCAGAGGUGUUGGUCUGCGACGUGGAAAGCGGUCCCCAGGAAAACCAGGACGCCAAGCUGCUGGAGUCCCACUUCAAGGUGAUCCGGCGUUCCCCUCGGGAGCAGCUGAGGAACAGGGAACAAUUAAACACCUUCGAGAGGGAGAAGAGGGAUUACGUCUUUUGUCUCCGCAAGGGAUGGCAGCUGGUGAGGCCCAGAAACAUGGUGGUCCUGGAGGACGACGCUUUGCCGACGGAGGACUUUUUCACGGUCAUAAAGGACCUGUUGUCUCGGCGGUUUGCCCUCCAGACUCUUUACAUAAAGCUGUAUCACCCUGAGAGGCUGCAGCGCUACUGGAACCCCGAGCCAUACCGCAUCCUGGAGUGGGUGGGACUCGGGCUGGUUGGGGCGACGGCCCUCCUCCUCACCUUCCCUUACUGGAACCCCUGCGCUUUCUCCUUCACGCUGUCGGCCGGCCACCUUCUCUUCUUCACCCUCUACUUCAUGGCUGUGGCGGAGCUGCUGGGGCGGCACUACCUCCUGGAGGCGCGGAGGUUCUCCCCGCAGCUCUACGCCGUCUCCCCGGCCACGGAGUGCUGCACGCCGGCCAUGCUGUUCCCGGGCAACGCCUCGCUGAGGGUGGCUGAGUAUCUGGACGGCUCCUUCUGUGUCAAGGGGAACGCCAAAGACAUGGUUCUGUAUCAGAUGGCGAGGACGAUCCCUGGGGAAAGGUCUCACAGCGUGGAACCCAACCUCAUCACCCACAUCGGGGCCUAUUCCUCGGUCAGGGCCAACCCGCCCAGGCCUAAACUCCUCUGAGGACGGGACUUAACGGGGCUCCUUCUGACUUGGUCCUACUUUUCUUUUCUGCCACGUCACCCUCUGGACUCUUCACACGGUGGGUGAUCGGUUUGGUGAUUUGCAGUUGAAAAGUCGUCAGGCCCUUAAAAUGUAAUCCGAAAAGUUCUUUUAAUUGUAAUGUUUGGAAAUUCCGGCCUUUUUGCAGAGGAGAAGUUUUUCAGCCUAGUCAGCUGUCUACACAGGCUGCGACAUGGAGUUCUUUUUUACGCACGUAACUACAGUGAUUGUGUGUUGGGCUCAGAGCAGUGCCAAAUCCUAGCUGACCCACACUCAGUGCUGUGCCUGAACGCCUCCUGUGUGCACACAGAUGGAGGACUGAAGCUGCUGUUGCUAUGCUAACAUGCAUGCUUGACUUUGUGCAGACUGUGUAGACACUGUGUUACUUUGUGUAGCAGGUUCACUAAAAGACCUGAUUGGAAUGAAAUGCUGUUUUCAGUUAGUUUGUAACUCUGCGCGGCGUCAUCGUCGCUGCUGGAGAACGUCUUUAAUCAGUUCUCCCGACCGUCAGGUUUGCCGUUCAGCCGAGGGGUCGUGUGCUUCUCUGCUGGAUUUAUUCUACUGCCUGGUAUCAUCAGAUGCUGUCCACCGUGCUGUUCCAAGGAUUUGAUGAAAAGCUUGAUAUUAUUAACAGGUUUGUUCACCCAGACCUUACUAAAACGAGGGCUUCGACAACAUUUUCCUCCUCACAGAUGAACUUUGACUUUGAUUCGGACAGUUUUCAGAGAACAACCAGGUUUUAUUUCAGCAGUAAAAGCAAAACAGCUUGAGCUGACCCAAUCUGCCUCCAGCUGCGUUUGUCAUUUCAUCCGUGAAAGCGAUCCGGCUGUAAAUGAGAAGCUGCAACCUGAGUGUGUUUUCUACCUCAAUACAAAGAGAUUUGUUAGUGUCGGAGCUCCAGAAAUCACAUCUAGCCGUGCAUAUCAAGACGUAGGGCCGGACGAUACGGCCAAAAAUGUUAUCACGAUAAAAAGUUUCAUAUCAAUAAUUAUCACGAUAAGUACGAAUAGUUUUUUUACAAAUAGUUUUUUCUCUAACUUUUUUCUCAAGUUUAAAGGCUGAUUUUUGCUGCUGAGGGAAAGUUGAAGAAAUCUGAUGGUUAAUUGUGGUUUAAACUUUUCUUUAUGACCAGAACAAACAGUGAUGAGUGUUGAUGCCAAACAGUGGAUCACAUCACAAAUCUGAGAACAUUCAAAAUAUUUAUGAUAAAAGUAAAAUUAAGUCCUAAUUCGUGUAUGAUUCUAGUAAAUAAAAUCACAUUUAUUGAAUAUUUAUUGGACAUUUUUUCUAUUGUUAUUGAAGAAAAUUAUAUUGAGAUAAUUAUUGUUAUUGUUUUAUUGUCCAGCCCUCUCAAGACGUGAGUUUUAUUUUGAAGUCAGUCUGCUCUCAGGAGCCCGGACGUCUUUAUCUCCUUUGGUUACUAAGCAGAGCUUGUUUCAGGCUGUUGUGAUUAUUUCUCUCGGCUACGUCCGGUUUAUGAAACAGGAAGUUGUUGUAAGGUUGUGGUUGAACGACAGUGAACACUUCUUUUACGGGACAAAUUUAAGGAAGAUGGGCUGAGAGUCUUUGCAGCCCUGCAGUCCCUGUCUGAAGUCCUGCCUGUGCAGAUCCAGGAUGAGAAAGACUGAGAUUGUGGCCUUUCUUAACGCUUCAUCAUAUUAACAGAGGAUUUAAAAACCAUAAGCGGUCGUGUGAUUACAGUACAGCAGAACACACUGCUGCAGUGCUGCUGUUGGAGACACAGCACCUCACAACCUCCGUCCCGUCACACGGACAGUUUCACAUCAGCCUUCAGAAGAAACACAUUUUAGGUACGCUGACCGUUUGGCAAACCUUCGUCUGUCGGGCUUUGCGUUCUCACACAGAACAUUUGCAGUUUAAAAUGAAAACGUUUACCAUCAGGAUUCACAGUAAUAGUUGAAACAGAUGUCAGACUAAAGAUUCUCACGGCGGCCGCUGAAAUGAACUCCCGUGUUCCAUUCAGUAACAGUCCCAGCUCGUUAUCGGUCCAUGCAAAAUAAAAUCUGCUUCUUCGUCUGUAGAACUUUAUUCUUUCGCCAAACUACGGAACAGACCAUCUGCUUCCUGUUUACACCGGCACGCGCCUGCCCAGUGUACGUGAACGGCGUUUUCAUUUUAAUAUAGACAGAGAUCAACUCUGAUACGCUGGUAAAACGCUGGUGUGGACGGGGGAGCAAGAUCAGGACUGAGCUGCUAACUGUAGGUCGACAUUAGCUGUGGACUCCAGAGACGACCCAACAAGAGGAUUUACUAAGUCUACUAUGUCAGACUGCAUCUCACUGAGCACUCGCCGUCACUGAACGUGCCUUAAAGUUGUUGCACUCAACAUUAUUUGAGUUUUUUUACUCCAUAACAGAAGAUGAUUCACCUCCGCAUGAAUUUACUGUAAAGCUGAUCGGUUGCGUUUAAUUUACUCAUAAUAAUGAAAUUGAACUGAAAUCUGUAAUUACAGGAAGUAGCUGCCAAAGUAAAACCAAUAGGCCUGUGAUAGUUCUGCAGUCUGACACUAACGACAUGGAAUGACUGCUUUCUUGGAAAUAGUCCGGCACAUAACCCUCCCUGUAAAAUGAUAAGAUGUCACUUUGGAUUUUGUGCUGAUUAAAUAAAGCAGAUAUAACGUGUUAAUCGGGAGCUUUAGCACUGCUGGGAGGUGGAAUCUGUUCCCUUUGGAUGGAGCCAGGCGAGCUGUUUCCACUCUUUAUGCUAAGCUAAGCUAACUGGCUGCAGUCAAGAGGAAGAGCUUCACUAAAUGUUCAGAUGUUCACUAGCUGGUCAGUUUGACACGUGACCUCCGCCUCUGUUUGCUAGGGAGUUAAAAUAAAUAUUUAAUGCUGUUAUUAAGGUGGAACAUCAUUUGGAUUUUACAAAAAGGAAAAAACACUGAACUGAAACAUUUUUAUCAGAAAUCUUCAAAUCACAAAUAAUGUUUUUGUUUGAGUGACUGAAAUGUUUUCUAAUUAACAGUUUUCACCACAGUCAUUAAAAAUGUAUCAAGUGAGCAGCUUUACUGAAAUACAUCUGAUGGUGAUCUGUGGCUUGAACAUCAGCUGCUGAUUAUCAAUUAACAAUCUAACUAAGCAUAAUUCAGAUUUCAGAUCAUUAACAUGAUUUAUUACUUCCUGCCUGAUUUCUGACUUCGUUAAAUUGCUGUUAAAAUAAAAAACUAUAUACAUAUAAAAUCAAGGUUUACAUCAUUUUGUAAGAUAUAAAUAGAGAUCAUCUGAGCGUUCAGUCAGUGACCUGCAGUUUGUUCUAUCCAGAGAAAAGAUCCGAGUGGCUGAACAACACGAACAUUUGAACUUGUCACUUUUUUAUUGAUAUUGAGAGUUGACAAAAAUUCUUUCUAAAAUGAAAAUGUUUUGGUUUUAUUGAAGCUCGGUUGCGGUUUGAUUUGGGUUUUUAUUUCUGCCAUAAAUUGUAUUUUAUUUUUUAGUUUAAUCAUAAAAUCUCACUGUGUUUGUCACUAGAAGAAAAAAAAAGUUUUUCUUCCUUGUUUCUUUUCGCUCAUUUUAUCACGCAUAUUAAAGUCAUUUAAGGGAUUUUGUUAUUUCACAUGUUAUCUAUUUUGGCACAUUUGCUUUCUACAAUGAGCUCUGAAUCUGAAUCCUUCAGAUAAAUAGAUGUUAGUAAAAUCUGACAUUUUAAAAUUAAAGCAUUGAAAUAACUUUACUCAAAUAAGAUGGGAAAUGUAAUCUGGUCUCUGAAGGGUACAAAUUAAAUCUCUUUUCUCUUCCACGAUCACAUUUUGAUUCUGUGUUGAAUUUAAAUCUGAAUCUGUUUUCUACAUUUAAAGACACAAUAAAUCUGAAGGUUUGAAGUCA